AUGGCCUUAUCUCUACAGAACACUGGCAACAGCUUGCCAAGUCUGGCUGUGGAUCUUGUAUCUGGUGUGCCACAGGGGUCUCACUUGGGCCCAUUACUGUUUAAUCUCUUCGAGAAUGAUAUAAAAAGUGUAAUCAGCUCCAAGUUCCUGAUGUUCGCCGAUGAUAUGAAGGUGUUUGCUGGUGUGCAGUCAUUGGAGGAUCAGCUGAAUCUUCAACAUUGCCUGAAUAACAUCGCAGAUUGGUGUGAAGCAAAUGCCAUGGAUCUCAACAUUACCAAGUGCAGUGCUAUGUCAUUCAAGAGAGGUCUUACUGCCGGGCUCAGCUUUGACCAUGAAAUUGCAGGCUUUAAAUUGAAUGUUCAGUGUGAAAUUCAGUGUUCUAGGAAGAGUCGACAAGAUUAG